GCCGCCGCAGGGGCGGAGGGCGCGCUAGGGCCGGGCUGAGUCCCCCCCUCCCAGCCUGCGCGGGCGGCUCGGCCGGGGGGAUCCGCUCGGCCUGGGGGCCAGGGGGCCAUGGCCGGGGCUGCCGCCCGCUGAAUGUGCCCGGGGAGGCGCCGCCGGGCAUGGGGAGCCGGGAGCGGGGCGGGCGCUGCUGCUAGCGGGGAGCUCGGCUCGAGCGACCCCACCUUCCCUCCCUCCCCGCGUCUUCCGCACAGCCGGGCGGCCUCCCAGCCUGCCUAGGCUAUGUGCCUUCCAAGCGUCUUUUCCACUAGCGUUUGCAAAUGAAAAUGGAGGAAAUGUCUUUGUCUGGCCUGGAUAACAGCAAGCUGGAGGCCAUCGCUCACGAGAUUUACACGGACCUGGUCGAAGACGCCUGCCUGGGGCUCUGCUUCGAGGUGCAUCGGGCAGUCAAGUGCGGUUACUUCUUCCUGGACGACACGGACCCCGACAGCAUGAAGGAUUUUGAAAUCGUGGACCAGCCCGGCGUGGAUAUCUUCGGCCAGGUCUACAACCAGUGGAAGAACAAGGAGUGCGUGUGUCCCAACUGCAGCCGCAGCAUCGCUGCCUCCCGCUUCGCCCCCCACCUGGAGAAGUGCCUGGGGAUGGGCCGGAACAGCAGCCGGAUCGCCAACAGGAGGAUCGCUAGCAGCAACAACAUGAACAAAUCCGAGAGCGACCAAGAGGACAACGACGACAUCAACGAUAACGACUGGUCCUAUGGCUCGGAGAAGAAAGCAAAGAAGAGGAAAUCCGAUAAGAACCCCAACUCGCCCCGGAGAUCGAAAUCCUUAAAACACAAAAAUGGGGAGCUCAGCGGGAACUCGGAUCCCUUUAAGUACAGCAACUCCUCUGGAAUCAACUACGAAACGCUGGGUCCCGAGGAGCUCCGCUCGUUGCUCACCACGCAAUGUGGGGUGAUCUCCGAACACACCAAGAAGAUGUGCACCAGGUCUCUGCGCUGCCCCCAGCAUACAGACGAGCAGCGGAGGUCAGUCAGGGUCUACCUCCUUGGACCCUCUGCCUCGCUCCCGGAAGCAGAGGGCAGCGUGGAAAACGAGGGCUUUGACGUGGCGGAGAGCCAGGCCAUCAUGAGCCGGCUGCAGUGGGACGGCUCCUCGGACAUCUCGCCCUCCGACUCGGCCUCCUCGAAAGCGAGUACGAACAACUCGGAGUCGCGUAAAACCAAAAAGAAGAAGCCGCACCUGAGCCUGGUGGGGGGCACGCCAGGGCUCAGCUCCAGCAAGAAGAAGAAACCCAAACCGCCCGCGCCCCCCACCCCUAGCAUCUACGACGACAUCAACUGAGGGGCGGGGGCGGGCGGCGGCCCCUGCGCCGGGCCUGUCCUGACUCUGAUCGCACCCGGGGGAGCCGGGCGACGCCUCUUACCCCCUGCGCCAUUGACUGACGAGAGAGGCCCCGUCUCCAGGAAUCGGACGGCGCGGGUGCAGGGGGCACCUGUCUCCAGGAGGGGGUGCUGUGGAGCUGGAGGACGUCACUGCCUGUGGGGAUUGGGGGGCAUGGCUGAAAUGUCCCUUCCCCCAUGUCUAUUUAUUCUGUGAUUUUUUACUGGAUGUCCAAUCAUGACUAUAUGGUGACGUCUGUCGCUUGGCAACACUAGAGACGGUCGAUGUAGCUGCAGGCUCCUCGCACCACUGCGGCUUCGAGUGGAAGCGAUGCUGCUAGCUUUGGGGCAUAGCUGCAUGGGGCUCCUACAUGCAAUUCUGAAUCAAGCAUCUCUAGCCGCUGUCGUUUGCCCCGAGCCGGGACUCCUAAAAGGAUCAUUUCUGUGGCAUCUGGGCUUGUCAACAGUAGGAACAAUACAACCUUGAGGGUCCAGGCCUGGACCGUUCUCCUGCAGCGCCAGUGUGUUGCUCUAGCUCUUUUGGUGGAAGGAAGAAAGUCCACUCCGCUGUAACCCCACGUCGGCAGCGGGGUCUGGGACAGGACGGAGCAGGCUUUUCCCUCUAGGCUUAACCUGCUUGUUGCUGAUGUGUGUCGUGUGGGUCACUACAGCACCGUGUGUGGAAGGCAGGUGGAUAGUGGAGGGUUAAUAUCGUUGUCCUGCACAGCAUCUUAAAAUAACCUGCCUAAUUGGUGGGACUAAAACCCUUCCUGCAGAGAAGGACCGUGGUAGUUCUAAGCGUGGCUGCACGUCUACCUCCUCAGUUUGAUAGUCAAUUACCCUGCCUCGGUGGCUACCAUGGAGGUACCAGAACAUUGCGGACAGGAACCGCUUGAGGCCUGCAACUUCAGAAAGCCAGACCCAAGAGAAAACAACCCAAAGGAGCCCAGGCUGCACCCCGGACUGCAGCUGCUGGUGGAAAUCCUUGGGAAGCACAGCUGCAUUCGAGUUUUACGUGCAGCUGCUGAGAGAAUGAUCCAGGCUGCUUGGUUUUUUCUUAAUCACAGGCUCUGUAUCACACACCCCCCCAGUCCCCUUUUUUUAAUUUUUCUUUUUUAUUUGUAAGGUAAGCCUGCUUCACUUGAAACCCUGCGUUCUAUCAUGAUACUGGUCAUGAGGAGGGUUUUAAUUGGUAAUAUAAAAACCUGCACCUGUGACUUCCCAUUUGUGUCCCUCAACACAGCUGUCAGGGUGUGGGAAAUGACACAGGUGGUGAUCACAUGGGGGAAGGUGGGGUAAGUACUGUACUGUGGUCUUGAAAUUUUUAUUUUUGCAUAUGUAAUCCAUCCUGUACAGGUAGUUCCAGCUUUGUAAAAUCUGUGUAUUCCCCUUAGUGGAUUGUGGCUGCCCCUGUAAAUAAAAUGCAUCUUGACUUGGUA